GAGGAGCAGCGGAGUGCUGCAGUGAGAGGAGCCGGUGGAGCCAAGGAGGAGUGCCCGAACCACUCGCUAUUCUCCACGCAAGGACCUGCUCCAUGGAUCCUCUCCAGUGGGGGAACUAGAUGUAAAAUACAGGAUCUGUGUUUUCCAGAAGAUUCUGGGAAAUCAGUUGGAGGAUAAUGACAGGUUGUGGACUCAUCAUCAAAUGUGUCUUUGAAACAUCGCUGGAAAUGGAGUGAGAGGUGACAAAAACAGAGUGGAAGAAUACAGCAGCAAGGAGGAGCCCUCCAGCAGACGUCUGAUGGUGGAUCUAUUAUCUUGGCUACAUGCUUUCAUUUUUCAGGAUGGAACAAGGGGGAUCUUACUUUGACCAGGGGAUUACUAGGGAUUGGAGAGAAACCGUGUAAUGUUAUUUUUUUGUGAGGCAUUGCAAGAAAAGCAGAUACUACAAUGGCUGGUGGACGUUUAGACUGACACAAAGAGCAGCUUCAUUCAUGGCCCGCAGAUGAAUUGGGACUCCAUCACAUGUGCAGCUCAGAGUGGACCCGCCUUGUGGAUUUCUUACUUCUGCCUCCACUACUGACAGUAAAAAUGGACUCAGUCCCUUCUAAUGUUAAGACGCUUUAAAAACACUUCCUGCAUGUCUUCAGGGCUAUCUAGUGGGUGUCUGCGUGAUGAAAGUCAUCAGUAUAAGUCCCUGUGGAGAGAUGUCCAACAUUAAGAUGCAUGCACCUGUUGGAAGAGGAUGUAUGAAAGACUGGUUUUCAAAAACCACUGCAUUGUACUACAGACAAGUUCCUGUGGGUUUUUCGUUCCACCUCAUCCCCGUCUUCCUCCUCCUCAUCUCCCUGUUUACUCCUGCCCUGUCCAUUCAUAUGGAGUCCAUAGAGAGCCACAGCGAGUUCAGCUGUGAGCCCAUCAGACUGAGAAUGUGCCAGGAUCUGCCUUACAACACCACCUUCAUGCCCAAUCUACUGAAUCACUACGACCAGCAAACGGCUGCACUAGCCAUGGAGCCUUUUCAUCCCAUGGUGAAUCUGGUGUGCAGUGCUGACUUGAGGAUGUUCCUGUGCGCUCUGUAUGCUCCAGUGUGCACUGUGUACGGCCAGGUGUCCAUGCCGUGUCGAUCCCUCUGCCAGCGGGCCAAGGAUGAGUGCCACAAACUCAUGGAGGUAUUUGGAGUAUCCUGGCCAGAUGACAUGGAGUGUAGCAGGUUCCCAGAUUGUGAUGAGCCCUAUCCUCGUCCAGAGGACCUGCUAACAGGCUCUGACCCCACUGACCAGUCAUCCAUGACUGUCCAGAGAGACUACGGUUUCUGGUGCCCCAGAGAGCUCAAAGUCGACCCAGACCUGGGUUACACAUUCAUGGGGAAGAAAGACUGCUCUGCCCCGUGCCCCUCAAUGUUCUUCAACCAGCAGGAGCUGACCUUCAUCCGCUACUUCAUAGGAGUCGUUUCCACUCUCUGUUUGUCUGCAACGCUCUUCACCUUCCUGACAUUUCUUAUCGAUGUCACCAGGUUUCGAUACCCUGAGCGACCAAUAAUCUUCUAUGCUGUGUGUUAUGUCAUGGUGUCGCUGGUUUUCUUCCUGGGGUUCCUGUUGGAGGACAGGGUGGCAUGCAAUGCAUUCAGCCCUUCCCUAUUUAGAGCCUCAACCGUGACACAGGGUUCACACAACAAGGUGUGCACUCUGUUCUUCAUGGUCCUGUAUUUCUUCACCAUGGCCGGCAGCAUGUGGUGGGUCAUACUGACAAUCACUUGGUUCCUGGCCGCCGUGCCUAAAUGGGGCAGUGAGGCCAUCGAGAAGAAAGCCCUCCUCUUCCACGCUGUUGCCUGGGGGUUUCCAGGGGCCCUGACUGUCACCCUUUUGGCCCUGAAUAAAAUUGAAGGAGAUGGGAUCAGUGGAGUGUGUUUCAUAGGACUGUAUGACAUAGACGCCCUGAGGUGGUUUGUUCUGGCACCGCUCUGCCUCAACGUGGCAGUGGGUGUCUCUCUCCUGUUAGUGGGUAUUGUGGCUCUAAACCGGGUGCGCAUGGAGAUCCCUCUGGAGAAGGAGAACCAGACAAAACUCGUCAAGUUCAUGAUCCGAAUGGGGGUGUUCUCUGUGCUUUACCUGGUCCCCUUGUUGACUGUGAUUGGAUGCUACCUUUACGAACACACCUACCGGAGCAUUUGGGAGACAACAUGGAUGGAGGAGAACUGCAGGCACUAUCACAUCCCCUGCCCAUACAAGGUGGAGCAGACGAGCCGGCCAGCCAUGGUUUUGUUUCUAAUUAAAUAUCUGAUGAUGUUGGUGGUGGGGAUCCCCUCUGUUUUCUGGGUGGGCAGCAAGAAGACCUGCUUUGAAUGGGCCAGCUUCCUGCAUGGACGCAGGCGCAAAGACAGUGGGGUGAAUGAGUCUCGUCAGGUGCUGCAGGAGCAGCCAGAUUUUGCCCAGUCUCUGCUGCGCGAACCCAACACCCCUAUCGUUCGGAAGUCCAGAGGAACAUCAACUCAGGGUACAUCUACCCACGCCUCUUCCACCCACUUGGCUGUCCUAGAUGACCUUGACGAGCCAGUCAGAACUCACCAUGGCCACCCCACCUCCACCAGGAGUAAGGCUAGCAGUGUUCACAGCAAGGCCAGUUACCACGGCAGCCUGCGCCGCACUCGUGAUGACAGGAGUGAUACUAUGGUUUACCGAGGUACAGAACAGCGCAGUUUCCAUGGCAGCAUGCCACGUCUCGACCACCCCCUCUCCACUCACAGCAGCCUCCAUCAGAUAGACGGCGAACCGAAACAUGGCAGCCAGCAAGACUUAUCUGAGGUCCCACCUACACUCAUCACCUACGGAACAACAGGAAGUGACAGCCAAGCUGCUGCAAAUGACGGCAGCAGCGCCUGAGGAGAUUAGGAUGCUGUCGAAGCCUUUCAGUGGAAGAUGCCCUCUGCUGAUACACGCCCGCCUGUUUAGUGUGAAGGUGUUUCCUUUAAAGUGGAGAAUGUACCAGUGAGUGCUGUGGUGGUGAUUUUUGCUCGUUUCACUGUAAGCUCGACAAGUUUGUUGACGUAAUUAUUUGAAUUUACAAAUGCUUGACUCAAACAGGCUGAGCCAACAGUACAUCCAUCAGUGAUGCUGACAUUAUUCAGGGAUCAUUUUGGUUGUGCCCAGGUACAUCAGAGCUGCCACUGGAUAGGAAAGACUGAAAAAGUGGGAAGAAGUCAUCAUCAUACAUUAUCAACAAGAACACUUAGAUGGAUGAUGAGUCUAGUGGUGGCAUUAUUUCCAAAUUCUGAUCUUUCACCAUCUUGCAGGACCUACAUGAAUAUUAUUAAAUAUGUGAACACUGCCGAGUACUGCUUUUAUAACAAUCUUAACUGUUUAGCCUUCUCCCACAUAUACUUAUUUGAGUCCGUCUGUACUUGACGAGACUCGAUUAUUCCUAAUCUGUUUGUUUUGGACAGCAGCUCUUAACAGACAACAUUUAUCUUUGUGUGGCUUCAGAGACCGAUACAUAUGGGCUUAAUGUGAAAUCGUGGACCUCUCUGUGGUUUAGUGAAAUAUUUUUAUACUGUGAAAAUUGUCCGUCUGCUGCUGAAAGCUUCGUUUAGUGAGUGUGUGUGUGUGUGUGUGAGAGAGAGCGUGAGUGAGAAAAAGACACAUAUGGUCAUAUUUUGUUUUAAAUUUAAAUUCACGCCUCCAGUGGUGAAUGCAGAAAGCACGAUGGAGAUAACUGAAAGAUGUGCGUAACCUAGAAUGUAAAUGGUUUGUUUGAGAGUGAGAAAGUUGGUGAUAUAAUACAAACAUGGUCAGGUGAAUUGGGCUGGAAUAAUGUGUGUGCAGUUAGACACACACACAUUUAUUCCAGCUCAUGCUGCUUUUUGGCCUAACAAAACCAUUUUAGCACUGACUUGUCUGCAUUAGCUUAACAGAUUUUUCUGGGGGGGAAAGCAGUUGUCAGUCAACCAGUCCAAAAAAAUAAACAAAAUUGGAUAUCCAGAGCAUUGUAACCCAAAUUCAGGUGUACAUCUAUCACUCUAUUCAAGCUUCAUGGCUGCGUAGACUGGAGUGCAAUUUAAAAAUGAAAACUGCUUCUAUUGGCUGAAAGGUUGUUUUUUUUCUAAUGUAAUUUUCACCACUGUACUUGAUAUGUACCUUAACUGCUCUUGUACAUACUCUUUGCUCUGUUUGUUUGUUUUGUUGUUCAGACACAGACUUACCCAAAGAGGUGCAGACAACUGGCAGUGAUACUGUAGAAAAAAAUGUUUGCUAACAGCUUAUUGCUACAUUUUCUCUGAUUUUUUUUUUUUUUUUUUUUUUUACGUUUAAGUAAAUGUUACAGGAGGUAUAUAUUGUAAAUGUUUUUUUUCUAUAAUUUGUAUUUUGUUCCCAAUCCCUAAAGACCCAAUUAACCUACCUCACCUGUACCCUCAGCCUUCUCUGUACCUGUGGGCGGAAACAAACACAUUCACAUUAUUAGGUGCUUUUGUAAAGAAAAAUAAACUCAACAUGAAAAAUAUUUCUGAACUUACGUAAAAUUCAAACACUUGGGUUUAGCCUUGUUACACUCAUCAAUAGAAUAUCUGUCGCUGUCUGUCUCUUUCCCACAGCUUUGUGUUUUUUCCAGUCUACCUCUUCAGUUCAAAUGUACCUAUCUAACUCUCGGGCCUUUCACUGCUGCCUCUCUCAGCCCGUUUUAAGCUUCUCAUGACCAACCACCUACUGCUUCCCCGUCAUAUCUGAUGACUAGUCUGCCUCACAUCUGCCUUCUGCCUCUCCUCCUGUAAACGUGCCCACGCUAAUCUUUUUCUGGACCUACAGCAACUGUCUGUACUCUCACAAUUCGUGACUGCUUAGAAACAUUAACCGUUGUGCUUUUACCUCCGAAUCUUACAAAGCAAGAGAAAUGCUGUUUCAGACACUGUCACUGAACUCCAGAGGAAAUAUCUCCUUUUCAGAUAUUAAAAAAUUCUUGUUAGUUGAUCAUUGGUAUCAGCCCCCGCGGUGAGACAUGAGGAAGAGGAGCAGGAGCUUUCCUUGCUCCUUGAUUUCUGAUGCCAUGCUGUGAUACGGCUCCAGAGUGAACUGCAGUCGCUUGAAAAUAUGACACAUUAUGAUGGCUAAAAAAAAAAAUA